AGCUGAGUGCCAAUGUGCUGAUCUUCCUGUGCACUAACAUCAUUGGGAUCUGUACCCACUACCCUGCCGAGGUGUCUCAGAGACAGGCCUUCCAGGAGACCAGAGGAUACAUUCAGGCCAGACUGCACCUGCAGAGAGAGAACCAGCAGCAGGUACACCACACACACACACACACACAGUGUGUAAACACCUCCAUUGACUGACAGAAAGCAGGAAUUUUGAAGGACAUAAGUAUUACAUGCAGCUGCUAACCAAGCCUUGUCUUUUAUCUCUCCCAUCACUUCAGGAACGCCUGUUGCUGUCUGUGUUGCCAAGGCAUGUUGCCAUGGAGAUGAAGGCUGACAUCAACGCUAAAAAGGAAGACAUGAUGUUCCAUAAGAUCUACAUCCAGAAACAUGACAACGUCAGGUCAGCAUAGACACUAUCGUCCUGGUAACCUCGGUAGCCCUGACAACAACACAUCUGUUACCACAGCAUUACUUGAACCAACCAAACUGACAAGCGCUAUGACUUCUAACGUCCAACACAAUGUUCAUGUGUUUUAUCACAUGACCUCAUUUAACUGCUCUAAGCAAACUACUAUUAGCAUUCCUGUGCCACAUAUUCAACAGUAGGGGAGAGCUGGGAUGAAAGUAACACAGGCGAAAGUAACACACCCAUUUUCUAAGAUAACACAGAAGCUAGAAUGACGUAGUGAAGUCAGCACGUUCCUAAUGUGGAGGACGAGCUCCCUGCAACAAAAAAAGCAGCCCAGUCCGACCAUGUUAUCAACAAAAAGUGGUUUUGAGCAUUGUAGAGUUGUAUUUAGCUGUUUAAGGUUCCAAAAAUAUGUCAUUUUCUUAACCCAUCUAGUGACUAAAUGACAGCAUAGGCUUCAAGUAUCAUGCUAGCUACACUCUUAGAAAAAAAGGGUUCCAAAGGGGUUCUUUGGCUGUCCCCAUAGGAUAACUAUUUUUGGUUCCAGGUAGAACCCUCUGUGGAAAGGGUUCUACAUGGAACCCAAACAUUUUCUACCUGGAACCAAAAAGGGUUCUUCAAAGGGUUCUCCUAUGGGGACAGCCGAAGAACCCUUUUAGGUUCUAGAUAGCACCUUUUUUCUAGGAGUGUAGUCUUGGUGUUAGCCUUGGGAGAAGUUACAGGAGAGACGGGUGGGACGAAAGGAGCACAAUGUAAACUGAUGACCUGGAAUAAAAUAAAAUAAACUUUUAAGCACAGGCCAUUGUCUCCUCUAGUUCAUUAUGCUUUUAUAAUGUUAGCAAAAUAUCAACAAGUGACUGAAUGUUUGAAAAUUAUAUAUGACAUCAUUAGAAUUAUGCCUUAAUCAAUUGAAUUGAUGGAUCAGCUUCUCGCACGUUUUUAUCGACAGUUUAGUGGUUAAAAAUAUAUAUCUUUAUGAUUCUGGGGGUCAAUUACCUUGUGUCAAGCCAUGGUAAUGUGAUAAGCAUGAUGAGUUUGCCGUUUGUGAAGAUAAUUAAAAUGUUUAUUCUAUCAAGACACAAGGAGCGCGCAUGUCAAGGACAGCUGGAGCACCUGAUUGGUCGGGCUAAGCAUGAAUAGUCACAGAAAAUUGUGAAAAACAUCUACUACAUUCCCUUUAAAGUGAGAUGAGAAAAUGAUGGUUAAUAUAGCUUUUAUGUCAUCCAUUUUAGUCAGAUAUAAUAUUUUAAGGCAAAAUGUUGUGGUUGCACAACAUUGCGAUGUCGAUAGCAUUAAUUAUUCAAAUCGACACAAACAUAAAAUUAUGGCUGAUUGUACAUUCGUUGAAAGUAACAAACAUUACAAACCAGAAACAUGGAGAUAAGACAGAUAUUGUGCACUUCUCGCCAGCUGUUACUUCCACCCCAAGACUGUGUUACUCACAACCUACCAGCAGGUACAAAAGUAACAUGGCGGUAGUUCUGUUCUCGGUCUAUUUAAUUUAAACUAAUUUACCAUAGAAAUUAAAUUAUAGUUGCUAAUGGUAGAGGACUUAUAUAAGUUGUUUGUCAUAAAAUAUGGUAUUUCUAGCUAUAUUGAUCUCUGAGUAAUUAGUUAAAAAACUAAAAGUGUUACUUGCAGAUCAACAUUCUCAUACACACACACACACACACACACACACACACACACACACACACAUACACACACUCACUUAGGGUUUGACAGAGAGCAGGCUAAUUAAGAAUAGUAAGGGAAUACUUAAUUACCAGCAGCCAAGAUAAGAUAAUCCCCAAAGAUAAGGAGCUCCAGCCCAGAUUCAAUUAAAGCGCUGAGUAUACACUGUCUCAAAUACACACACACACACACACACACACACACACACACACGUACACACAGUGAGAAGGCGGAUAAAGGGUCAUCUGAUCAAUCAAUCAAUCAAUAAUCAAGCCUAUCUCUCUCUUUUUCCUCAGUAUUCUGUUUGCGGACAUUGAGGGCUUCACCAGUUUGGCGUCUCAGUGUACGGCUCAGGAGUUGGUAAUGACACUCAAUGAGCUUUUCGCCCGCUUCGACAAACUAGCAUCGGUAAAUAAGCAUUUCUCUUCACCUCUCUCUUUUCACCUUCUCCCCAUUUUAUUCAUUUUUCUCCAUUCAGUAUCCUGUGUUAUCUAUCUCUUUCUAACUGUCAUAACGGCUGUGUCUGUCUGUAGGAGAACCACUGUCUGCGUAUCAAGAUCCUGGGCGACUGUUACUACUGUGUGUCUGGGCUUCCUGAGCCCCGCGCUGACCACGCCCACUGCUGUGUGGAGAUGGGCGUCGACAUGAUAGAGGCCAUCUCGUGAGUAUGGGGAACGUCUGUGUGUGGGGAGAUGGCAUAUUUCCUAGACAUGAAAAAUCAUAAAAAUAUAUAUAAUAAAUGCAUUGCCUUUGCCUGUGGGGAUAUCAUGCGUUUUUUGGAAAGAAAUGUAACAUACAUCUUCUAUGUGUGUGUGUGUGCAGGCUGGUGCGAGAGGUGACAGGGGUCAACGUGAACAUGCGUGUGGGCAUCCACAGUGGCCGUGUGCACUGUGGGGUGCUGGGACUCAGGAAGUGGCAGUUUGAUGUGUGGUCCAAUGAUGUCACACUAGCCAACCACAUGGAGGCUGGGGGCAAGGCAGGGUGAGGGAAACACACACGUGCACGCACACACACACACACACACACACACAGACUGACCUAGUGUCCCUUUUCCAGGAGGAUCCACAUCACCAAGGCAACUCUGCAGUAUCUGAAUGGGGAUUAUGAGGUGGAGCCGGGUAGAGGAGGGGAGAGGAACGCCUACCUGAAAGAGAACAGCAUCGAGACCUUCCUGGUGUUGGGUUGCAGCCAGAAAAGGGUCAGUGACAAAACUAUUUCCCACAUUUACAUUUUAGUAAUUACCCAGAGCGACUUACAGUAGUGAGUGCAUAUAUUUCGUACUGAUCCCCCGUGGGAAUCGAACCCACAACCCUGGCGUUGCAAGCGCCAUGCUCUACCAACUACCUGCCAACCACCACACAUACAGGUUUAUUACAGUAUAUGGCUAGAUGGAGUACCGGUACGGCCAGAAGUGACUAUGUAGCAGGUUAGGACAACUAGCGCAGCAGGUUAGGAGAAUAAGGUUAAGGUUAGGAAAAGGGUUAGGGUUAGCUAGAAUGUUACAGUUGUCCCCGACGCAACUUGAACAUGCAACUUUUGUUCCGUAGCUGUACUCCAUUUAGCCACAACCAUUAUACAGGAUACUAGAAAGCAGUAAUGUUUCUCGCCCAUUCCAAUCAGCUUUACAUUUGCACCAGGGUUAGAAACUAUUGGGGAUGCCUUAAAAAGUGGGCAGGAAUAACCUUUAUAUUCUAUGUGUUGGGUUGUCCAUGUUAGCACCCCUUUAAUCCACACCAGGGUUUCAGCGGAUCAGUGUGUCUAACCUCUGUCUCUGUCUGUGCUUUCCUCUGUGUAGAAAGACGAGAAGGCCAUGAUGGCCAAGAUGCAGAGGACGCGGUCCAACUCCAACGAGGGCCUGAUGCCUCGCUGGGUACCCGACACAAGGUUCUCCAGGUCCAAGGACUCCAAAGUCUUCAGACAGAUGGUGAGAUGAGACCUCUCUCUCUCUUGGCUCAUCUGUGUCUCUCCUGCUUCUACUUCUAGUCUCCUAAUAGUCUCACCCAUAAAUGUCAGCUCUCCUCAGAGUGCUCUGUGUGUCCCACUCACUAGUCUCUCCAUUAUGUUACUCUGUGUCCCACUAGUCUCUCCAUUAUGUUACUCUGUGUCCCACUAGUCUCCCCAUUAUGUUACUCUGUGUCCCACUAGUCUCUCCAUUAUGUUACUCUGUGUCCCACUAGUCUCCCCAUUAUGUUACUCUGUGUCCCACUCACUAGUCUCUCCAUUAUGUUACUCUGUGUCCCACUAGUCUCUCCAUUAUGUUGCUCUGUGUCCCACUAGUCUCCCCAUUAUGUUACUCUGUGUCCCACUAGUCUCUCCAUUAUGUUACUCUGUGUCCCACUAGUCUCUCCAUUAUGUUGCUCUGUGUCCCACUAGUCUCCCCAUUAUGUUACUCUGUGUCCCACUAGUCUCUCCAUUAUGUUGCUCUGUGUCCCACUAGUCUCUCCGUUAUGUUACUCUGUGUCCCACUAGUGUCUCCAUUAUGUUACUCUGUGUCCCACUAGUCUCCCCAUUAUGUUACUCUGUGUCCCACUAGUCUCUCCAUUAUGUUACUCUGUGUCCCACUAGUCUCUCCAUUAUGUUACUCGGUGUCCCACUAGUCUCUCCAUUAUGUUACUCUGUGUCCCACUAGUCUCUCCAUUAUGUUACUCUGUGUCCCACUAGUCUCCCCAUUAUGUUACUCUGUGUCCCACUAGUCUCUCCAUUAUGUUACUCUGUGUCCCACUAGUCUCUCCAUUAUGUUACUCGGUGUACCACUAGUCUCUCCAUUAUGUUACUCUGUGUACCACUAGUCUCUCCAUUAUGUUACUCUGUGUCCCACUAGUCUCCCCAUUAUGUUACUCUGUGUCCCACUAGUCUCUCCAUUAUGUUACUCUGUGUCCCACUAGUCUCCCCAUUAUGUUACUCUGUGUCCCACUAGUCUCUCCAUUAUGUUACUCUGUGUCCCACUAGUCUCUCCAUUAUGUUACUCGGUGUACCACUAGUCUCUCCAUUAUGUUACUCUGUGUCCCACUAGUCUCCCCAUUAUGUUACUCUGUGUCCCACUAGUCUCUCCAUUAUGUUACUCUGUGUCCCACUAGUCUCUCCAUUAUGUUACUCGGUGUACCACUAGUCUCUCCAUUAUGUUACUCUGUGUCCCACUAGUCUCUCCAUUAUGUUACUCGGUGUACCACUAGUCUCUCCAUUAUGUUACUCUGUGUCCCACUAGUCUCUCCAUUAUGUUACUCUGUGUCUACCAAUUGUCUCUGCUGUUUCUCCUCUCCUGUCUCCUGAGGGCCAGCUGCAUCUCUCCCAUCCAGAGUUGUAUCUACUGCCUAAUCCCUUUCUUUUACAUCUCUCCUCUGGGUUUUUGUAUGUUGGUUAAUCCUCAUUUUCUUUCUCUUUCUCAGGGGAUUGAUGAGUCGUCCAGCAAAGACAAGUGAGUGGUUAUUGCUCUGAGGAUUUCUGGGAUACACACAAAUACACACCACCUAAAUAGACACCCAGGUAGACAGGCUCACGCGCCAAGAUACACAUUCACAUACUCUAAAGGUCUUACCAUUUUACCUAUCUCUUCUCUUCUCUCCCUCACUCUCUCUCUCCCGCCUCUCCUCCUCCCUUGCUACUCUCCCCCUUUCCAGCCGUGGUGCACAGGAGGCAAUGAACCCUGAGGAUGAGGUGGAUGAGUUUCUGGGGAGAGCCAUUGACGCCCGCAGCAUCGACCAGCUGAGGAAGGACCACGUCAAGAAGUUCCUGCUCACCUUCCAGACCUCCAGCCUGGAGAAAAAGGUCUGUCUGCCUACAUCUCCCAGAAUACUCUGGGCUUUAUUUAGUUAAUCCCUGGAGUAUUAUGUUGUUCCUAUCCACAGUCAAAGUCUGCUGAUGCUUUCCUAAGAUUUGUUUAGUCCGUUUUUAAUGAGUUUUGAUCUUUCUCUCUGGUAGUAUUCGAAGAAGGUGGACGAUCGCUUUGGAGGUUACGUGGCUUGUACUCUCCUGGUCUUCUGUUUCAUCGCCUUCAUCCAGAUUGUCAUAUUUCCACAGUGAGUGACACACACACACACACACACACUCACACACGUACAUGUUUCUAAGUCCUCCUGUCUGUGUGUCUUCUCCUGCAGCACCCCGGUCAUGCUGGGGAUCUACAUCAGUAUCUUCAUCAUCCUCACCAACAUCCUCUUCAUCUGUGCCAUAUAUUCCUGCGUUAAGGUAGGAUCCUCCACAACACACACAUCGCCUAUUGUACACACCAACGACACUAAACUUUCUUUCCUUAUUCCUCCUCUUUUGUAGCUGUUUCCAGCUGCGAUGCAGACAGUGUCAAAGAAGAUAGUCCAGUCUCGUACCAACAGCACUCUGAUGGGGGUGUUCACCAUCAUCCUCGUCUUCAUCUCUGCCUUUGUCAACAUGGUGAGACUGAACAGAUUGACCCACACACACACACACACACACACACACACACACACACACACACACACACACACAAAUUGACAUGUUUGUGUGUGUCUCCUCUGUUGUAGUUUGCCUGUGACACAGAGAGCUUGGUGGACUGUAUCUCCCGGGAGCUGAACACCUCUGUUGCCAUGGUGACGCCAUGUCUCAUCCGCAACCUGUCUGUGUCUGUAGACGGGGGUCUAGAGAUCUGUCCUAGCCAGGGCCCCUCAUGCCCCUUCCCAGAGGUGAGUGGGUGUGUCACAGAUGUCAGGUAUGCUGACUGAAAAACAAUGUUUUUUACGUCUUUAUAUGGACCAGAAAAUACCUUUUAUGUUCUUCAUAAUAACAGAUCAAUCUGAUCAUCAAUCAAUCAAUGAAGACUAAUAGUUGAUCAAUUCUCUCCGUCUUUCUGUCCCUCAGUAUUUCAGCUACAGUGUGCUGCUGACCCUGCUGGCUUGUUCAGUGUUCCUCCAGAUCAGCAGUAUAGGGAAGCUGGCCCUCAUGCUGCUCAUCCAGUUUACCUUCCUGCUGCUGGUGGAGUGGCCACAGGUGGCGCUGUUCGACAACGCUGACCUCUUCGUCACCUCCAAUGCCAUGUGAGUACUGGGACUGUGUUCAGGAGGGCACAACGUGGUCAUACAUGUUUUCUUUUGAUAGUGGAUUUGACUAAACCCUUUUCUUAUUUUUCUCCUCCAGUGAUUUCAAUGAAACUAUUCAAUGGUCCAGUUUCAAUGAAACUACAGACGAGUGGUACGUUUGGAUUCAAAGCAUUGUUUGAAAUCUGUGUAGGGGUGUGACCCAGUUUCUCUUUCUUUGACUCACUCCAUCUCUCUGCAGUUUGGUUUCUAUCUUUCUUGAUUUCUUUCUAGCCAUUUCUCUCUGACCUCCUCUUCUGUCUCUCUGCAGCCCAUUCAGUGUGACCAAAGUUUCCCUGAGGGUCAUGACUCCUGUUAUUCUCACUGUGUUUGUGCUGGCGCUCUACCUCCAUGCCCAGCAGGUGGAGUCCACAUCACGCCUCGACUUCCUCUGGAAACUACAGGUACCAUGAGCCUACAGGGGAGCACUCCUCUUCCUUGACUACAGCAGAACAAUAGUAUAGUGUAAAAUGUCCCCCACCUAUCUUAACAUUGCUCCCUCACGUCCUCCUUCCAGGCCACAGAGGAGAAGGAGGAGAUGGAGGAGCUGCAGGCGUACAACCGCCGCCUCCUCCACAACAUCCUGCCCAAGGACGUGGCCGCUCACUUCCUGGCGCGCGAGCGCAGGAACGACGAGCUCUACUACCAGUCCUGUGAGUGUGUCGCCGUCAUGUUCGCCUCCAUCUCCAACUUCUCUGAGUUCUAUGUGGAGCUGGAGGCCAACAACGAGGGAGUGGAGUGUCUCAGGCUGCUCAACGAGAUCAUCGCCGACUUUGACGAGGUAAAGAGGGAGAGCAGAGGAGAGGAUAGGAGAGGGUAGGCAAUGGGAUUUUGGAUACCAUUGUCAAUUCAGUGUCUUUUGCCCUUUGGUGAAUUUUCAGUACUAUCAUCUUUGGCCUCAUGCAUUGAAAAUGGGAUACUUUUUUGGUCUGUCUCAAACCUGAGCCUGUGUGUGUUCUCCUGCUCUAAGAUCAUCAGUGAGGAGAAGUUCCGUCAGCUGGAGAAGAUCAAGACCAUCGGCAGCACCUACAUGGCUGCCUCAGGUCUCAAUGACUCCACCUACGACCGUAAGGGUCGCUCCCACAUCACGGCUCUGGCCGACUACGCCAUGAGACUGAGGGAGCAGAUGAAGUACAUCAACGAGCAUUCCUUCAACAACUUCCAGAUGAAGAUAGGUGAGGGGAAACAGGUCUGAAAAAGCGAAACAAAGCUUUAAACAAGCUAGCUGAGGUUGAACUUCACAUGAACUUCACAUGAAGCUCUGAAACAGACAGGAUUGAGUGGGACAGAAACCAGUGUGGCAGAUCAAAGAGAGAGUUGGUCGAUAGUAAAUGGAGUAGAAUAUAGUUGGAUGCAUGAGUUUGGUACGAAUAACCGCUAUGUUUAUAACCGGCUCUCUUUUCCCAGGUCUGAACAUUGGGCCAGUGGUGGCAGGGGUGAUUGGAGCACGGAAGCCACAGUACGAUAUCUGGGGGAACACGGUCAACGUGGCCAGUCGCAUGGACAGCACAGGAGUCCCCGACCGCAUUCAGGUAUGGAGGAUGUCAAUCAGUUAACACUCAGUAGCUCAUACUCAGUUCCUAAUGUUUUUUUGUUAUUCUUUUUUUUUGGCGACAGCUAGUCUUACUGGGGUCCGACACAUAACGGAAAAGACAUUACAGACAAAAUACUUUACAAUUUACAUACAUUUAAAAACAUUUACAUGUAGUGUGCGUUUGUGUGCAUCUAUCAGUUACACAUACAUGUCAGUACAUACACACAACAAGUAGGUCACAUGGGCAUAGUGCAAAAAAAAUUCUCACCUGGCAUUUUAGCCAAUAACUUCCUAUUUCUGUUAUUAAUUUUUCCACACUCCUCAGGUGACCACGGACCUCCACCAGGUGCUUUCAGAUAUAGGAUACGUUCUGGAGUGUCGUGGGGUCGUUAAGGUCAAGGGUAAAGGGGAAAUGACAACCUACUUCCUGAAUGAUGGACCGCCCAAUAGUUAGCAGCCGAGGCAGCGCUAGCCGGGACCAUUCCCACUGCAAGGACACGGCAGCACUACUGAGGGAGGACUCACACCGUGAGCUAGCGGCUAACAACUAGCGACGCCAUCACUUGAAACCCUAGAAAAGAGAAAAGACUAUGAGACUCCAGGACUUGAGAAGGAAAGUGUUCUUGUGUGGCAGCCAUGUUUUGGAAGGACAAGUGUUUUUCUCAUUUCUAGCCUCUCUCUCAGGCUACUUGAAAGUUGCAAAGUCUGUUUAUUUAAAACAACGCCUUUAGCCUGUGUCAAAAUAAGACAAAUGCUGUACAUAAGGCUCCUUUUUUUUUCAAUCAUUUUUUAUUUCAGGAUAAUUAUGAAACAGGUACUCAUGUUUUAUUUCUGGGUUACUUAUUUAUUUUCAUCUUGAUGUUUUGUGCAAAAAGUCCUUUAUGAAAAAGUGUGAAUACAUACGUGCACAAAUAUCAAGUUUAUUACAAGUGUGUAUGUACAUGCAUAUUUGUGUGUGUAUGAAUGUGUAUAAAUUGAGAAGGAAAAUAUUGACCAAAGUAUUUACAAAAAACAAGGCAAGACAUGUUACGUUCUCGCAGAAGUCUGCAAUGAUCACCAACUCAAUCUGUUG